AUGAGUGCUCAGAGUGAAAUAACCCUGGAAGGCAGACUGGGGGCGCUGCAGUGCCACUUCACCUGGGAUCUGGAGCCCGGCAGGAACAAACUUUUGAGAAUCAAGGACAUGCUGCAGGACAUCGGCACAGAGGAAGGAUGCAAGUGGCUGGGACAUAUUUACAACCUGCAGGGGUACAUCCACUUCCAGCUGGGGUCCAUUGAUGAAGCCAGGAGUUUCUUCAGCCGAGCAGCGGAGGCCUUCAGGAAGAUGAGAGGAGCAGAGGAGGGUCCCUGGCUGGUGGUGACCUACGGGAACCGGGCCUGGCUGCACCACCAUCAGGGAGAAAUAGAAGAGAGUCUGGCUUGUCUGUCAAAGGUCGACGGCCUGAUGACUGAGGAUCCAUCACAGGACGAGCUGCACCCGGAGAUCUGCGCUGAAAAAGCCUGGACUCUGAUGAAGUUCAGCAGAGAACAGAAGCUUCUGGCAGUUGAUUACUUCCAGAGAGCCAUCCGGAUGCAGCCGGAUAUGGUGGAGUGGCAGACCACCCACGUGUUAGCGUUAGUUGACAUGUCCAAACAAAGCAAAACAGGGGUUGAGGCAGACAUCAUGGAGAAGCUGAGAAAAGCCAAGGAACAGGAUCCAGAGAACCUGUACCUCGCUGCCAUUUACCUCCUGCAACUUGCUAACAGAGGACAAAUAGACCAAAGUGGAGCACGUGAGUUAGCCACAAAGGUUCUGAGAAACCCUGUCAGCAGCUAUAGUGGAAUCAAACCAUUGAUGUGGUUUUACAGAAGCUUCACCUCCUUGGACGAGGCUGUGGCUUUGGCAGAAAAGGCUCUAAAGCUACAUCCGGAAGAACGUUAUCUGAAAAGAUGUGUCGCACUCAGCUACAAAUGGAAGAUCUGGGAGAGGGACAGUCGCCCAAGUCCGAGCCUGAUAGAGAAAGGGAUCCGUGCCCAUGAGGAGUUGCUUUCUCUUUAUCCUGAUUCCUCAUUUAUGAAGAGAAUGGACCUCGCAAAUUUUUACGCAAAGUCAGAGAACCCCAAGGCCAAAUCUGAGAAGUUCUUCCAACAGCUGCUCGUAGAGGAUCUGGAACCUGCUGAACAACAAGCCCUCUUCAACAUCUACGCAAAAUAUCUGUACUUCAUUCAACGGAAGCCUAAGAUAUCAAUCCUGUAUCACAUGAAGGCGGCGGAGAUUCCAAUCAAGUCCUUCUUUCAGCGGAACAGCAUCAUGCUUCUGGAAAAGAUCAGACACAGAGAGUGCAACCAAGACGUAGACAGGUUUCUGUCCAGGCUGAAAGAAUCUCAGAAAUAAAUCCACCAGAUAUCAUCCAAACACAAUCUGAAUCUAUUUGCAUUCAUCUAAUUCAGGGUAAAGUAAAUCCAGGUAGAUUUAUAGAUUCAGCUGUUGUGAACACCGUUGAUCACAUUUGAAUUCAGCUUGUAUUCGUACGGAGCCAGAUCACAACACAGUGACUGACAGGGAAAAGUCGUUGAGUUUGUUUUUCAACGUGAGGAAAUGUUUUAUUUUGACGACAUGUAGCUUGAAAAGUCUUUAAUAUAAUAUCUAUAUCUGUAGAAUACCUGUUCAAUUGUUUUCAGAUGGGUUGUAAUAUUGCUGUUAAUAAUAGUGAUGCAUAUAUAAC